AUUGUUUUUUCGGUACGCAUUCUAGUGACAUUUUUGUACAGGAAACAACACCUAGUGAGUUAGUCGUUCACUUCACGAAUUGCAACUCCAGCGAGAUGUCGGCUCACAAAACGUUUAUUAUUAAGCGAAAGCUUGCCAAAAAGUUGAAGCAGAACAGACCAAUUCCUCAAUGGGUUAGAAUGCGUACUGGCAACACAAUUCGGUACAAUGCUAAGAGACGCCACUGGAGGAGGACUAAGUUGAAGCUGUAAAUUAAUUCUAAUUUGUUUGCUUUAAUUUUCUUACCAUGUUUUAAUCAACUUAAAUAAAUUCGAGAUACACGUGUAA